AUGGGGCCAGCCCAGCCCCCACAGCACACCCACCCCGGGGCCCAAGGAAAGGACAAGGACCCCCCUGCCACGGCUGGAGUGGACAAGACCCUGCCUGGGGACGGGGAGCAGCUGCCCCCAGGAGUGAUCCUCACCAGCAGCCUCAUCGCCACCAGGAGCCUACCUCAGCUGCUGGAUCCCCAGAGCCCAGAGAGCCGACCCACGGAGCUGCUGCCCUCCUCAACCAUCCGUUUGGAUCAUCAGAACAUCUCUGCUAUUGGGAGGCUGCAGAGCAUGCUGGAGGUUCACAGCCUCUACCUGCAGCAGAACCAAAUUGAGAAGAUUGAGAACCUGAGCUGCUUUCCCAACCUGAGGGUCCUGUCCCUGGCUGGGAACCGCAUCUGCAGGGUGGAGAACCUGCAGCCCCUGCGCCACCUGCGCCUCCUGGACCUGUCCCACAACCAGAUCCAGACACUGGACCCAGGUGAGCUGCCCUGCAGCCUCCGUCUCCUCGACUUAAGAGGGAACAAAUGCACCCAGCAGCACGGCUACAGAAAGCUGGUGCUGGGAGCCCUGCCUCACCUCCUGGAGCUGGACACACAGCCUCUCCGUGGCGCUGUGGGUGAGGAAGAGGAGGAAGGAGGCUCUUCCAGCAGUGAGGAUGAAGAUGAUUUGCUGCUCUCUCAGCCCAGCAGCCCUUUCACUGCAGGCAAAGAUUUCUUUGUGGAUCUGCACCAGGAUCUGUCCAGGCACUCACAGCAGAGGCAGAGUGAGGCUCUGGGGAAACACCAGACCCAUCUGAAGGAGCUGGAGGAGCUGUGGGAGCGUUGGGAUCUGCUGCUGCCUCCAGCACCCCUGAGCCCAGGCCGGGAGGGAGCUGCCAGCACCGCUGCCCCAGGACCCAGGCGCCCUCACCCCUGUCCCCAAGCAAAGCCAGGGACACAGCUGCCACCCCUGCCAGGACCCACUGGGCAGCCCCAGCAAGCUUCCAGUGGGAGCCAGCCCUCUACCAAGGCUCUGGAGGAGAAGAGUCCCAGCAAAGGAGCAGGAAGCAGGCACUUACCCCUCAUACCCCCCAGCAGCAGAGCUCCACGCAGCUCCAAUUAA